GAAUGCAGGAGAUGGAGCCUGGACAAACUCCGGAAGAGGAAGCAGAUGUCGACGAUGAGCAGGAUGCGGAGGGUGAAGAUGACGAGCAGGAUGCACGAGCAGAAGAGGAUGAAGGCUCAGACGCUGAUGCGGAGAUUGCAGAGGAGGAGGAAGACGACGAGGACAAUGAAGGCGAGAUCGUCGGGGCAGUGAAAACAAGAAGUAGACGAAUACCACGGAAGCAGGCUGAAGAAGAGGAGUCGGAAGCGGAGGUUGACGUGGAGGAACCGGAGUCAGAAGACGAGAGCGUCAAGUCUGUCGAAGAGGACUGGGAAGCUGCAGAUGAUGCUGGCGAGGAUGUCGAAGUCGGGAAUGCAACGGCUAAUCGCUGCGUUCUGCCGCCAAGAUGAGGAACACGAUCCAGGCGAAGACUUCGAGGAGUAUCUGGCAUGUUCAGUGUGCGGCGACAAUGCGCACCGAUAUUGUGCUAGAGAAGCCGGAUCGCUAGCUUCCGACGAAGAUGCUUCCAGGUGGCGAUGCAAGGAUUGUGUGUCGAAUGGCCUCGAGGCCGACUUCAAGGAUGUUCCCAAGGUGCUAUCGUCAGCUCGACGCCGCUCCUCUGCCCCUCGGAUGGCACGCGAUCUACUACCGGCAGCGCGAGGUGGCAUCAGGCCAGACUCGCACUCUGUAUUCAACACUCUCAUACUUGACGAGGACCCAAUGGACGGCUCCAGAUCGUUGCGAAAGCGUAAGACACCUUCAGCGGACGGCGAUGACAAUUCACGAGCACCAGCUCGCAAGCGAAGGAAAGCAGACACUCCGGACCACGGAUCCAGCAUGCUAAACGGCGUUGAUCACGCAGUCAGCAGUGUAAAUGAUGCCGUGGACGCGGAUUCGCCAAGGUCACGCUCUGGGCGUCCCCAACGCAACAUGAAGCCCCGGCACAAAGGCGUGCGUAUCGUCCGCUCGACCGAAGAUCCCAGGAGUCUCGUUAUUGCCUUGCCGGUCAGCGCUGCACAAUGGGACCAGAUCGAGCGUGAAGUGCAGAAGAAGCAACGGCGCCGUGAGCGAGAUCGGUUACGUCGGGCGCGAAAUAGUCGCCGAACUGCAACCGCCGAGCCAGAGGAGCCUAGUCACUUCCCAGCGGUGCAAACGACCAUCUAUACUAACCCCUUCUACGCAUUUCCGGACCGGGAAACGGACGAGAACAAGGGCAAACCUUACGGUGGCAUCCUCACCGACGCCGAAGCUGACACCACCCGCACCUACCCGCUCGAUGCGGAUCGUCAAGCGUUUCAAGACGCUCGCACGAAAGCUGAACAGGCGUGGAAAGACAAGCUUGCUGCACAGAAUGGCGAGACGCCUGCUCGCUCGAAGACAGCUGGGCCGGCUAGUAAAAUCAAAUGCAUUAACUUCGGGCAGUAUGAGAUUGACACUUGGCAUGCUGCACCUUACCCAGAGGAAUACAGUCGCAACAAGCACCUCUACAUCUGCGAGUUCUGCCUCAAGUACAUGAGCUCAGACUACGUGGCUUGGCGUCACAAGCUGAAGUGCUCAGCCAAGUAUCCACCGGGCGAUGAGAUUUAUCGCAGCAAAGUCACGAACCCGGAGACUGGCGCUGAGACUACACUUUCAUUCUUCGAGGUUGAUGGUCGGCGGAAUCCGCUCUACUGUCAGAAUCUUUGCUUACUGGCCAAGCUAUUUCUGGGCUCGAAGACGCUUUACUACGACGUCGAACCAUUUCUCUUCUACAUAAUGACGGAGAACGACGAGUUCGGCUGCCAUUUCGUCGGCUACUUUUCGAAGGAGAAACGAGGCUGCGGUCCUCCGCCGCCACCCAACAUAAAUAAUGUAUUUGACAAAACCCAAGACGCACAAGCUAGUGGCGGCGCAAACGCGCUGGAAGAGCCAGCUCUCGACCCUGCGUUUAACAACCCAGGCAACAAUGUCUCUUGCAUUCUCGUGCUGCCCGUGCAUAUGCGACGCGGCUUCGGCAGAGUUCUGAUCGAGUUCUCUUAUCUCCUGACCAAGUUCGAGGGCCGUACUGGGUCACCGGAGAAGCCACUGUCGGAUAUGGGCCUGGUGUCAUAUAGGUCGUACUGGCGGAACGUUCUGUGUUCGCUGCUGCUUCAGUACAAAGAUCAGAACGAAGCAGCAGAACAUGAAGGCCAACUGUCCAUCUUGCAAAUCGCACGCGAGACUGGCAUGACGCCCGACGACAUUAUCUCUACGCUCGAGGCUUUGCGCUUUCUAGUCCGCGAUCCCAUCACACGCCAAUAUGCGCUUCGGCUGGACUACGACUACAUGAAGGAGUAUGUCGAGAAGCAUGAGAGAAAGGCGCACAUCAAGCUUGAUCCGGAGAAGCUGUGCUGGACACCGUAUGUGAUGGGCAAGCCGAGCAACUACUUCGCGAUGGGAGAGGAGGCGAAUCAACCAAUGCAGACGAUGGCGCCAAGAGAAGACGUAGGGAUCUUACCGGAGGAGCCCGAAGAGGGCGUGCAGCAGGCCAUGAAAGCCAAUGCCGAAUCUUUUGCGGCGAACGAGGCAACACAUGGAGAAGCUACUGAAACCACGGAGCUUGACGAUUAUGUGCAUGUCAACGGAAUCUCGUCGACAUUGCGCAAGAAGACAUCCUCGCCGCUUACGCUCACACCUGAGCCUUCGAUGCUGGCUAAUAACAGAAGGAGCGGCUCACCUACACGUCGUUCGCCUCGCAAGACACCGAACGGCACCGCUAGCCCUGCGCCUGCGCCCGCAAGUAUCGGAGACAGCGACUCACAGCUUGAUUCUGCCGGGCCCGUCCCGCCGACGCGCUUCGAGAUCUUCCCGCCUAUCCCUGGGAUGGCAUCAGCAAGACGCAAGCCUGGCCGACCCCCCAGAGGUGGCAGCCGCAGGAGCGGUUACGGAACCCCCACCCGCCGGACGGCUUCUGCGCGGUAUCGGAGGGAUCGCGGUGAUAGCAACAGCCUUAGGCGGACGAGGAGCACGCUGGGCGAAGCCGUUAUCAAUGCUGACGAUGUUGCCGACGCAGAGGCAGAGGCCGAUGACGCUGCUUUGGACGAUGUACUUGCGGCCGCGCAGGAGGACGUUGUUGGUGAGGACGACCAAGCAGACGAAGAGGGAGCGGAAGAUGAUGAGAUCCGGUACGAAUAGGUUAAUAUCAU